AUGGGGGUGCGGACACGACCGGUAGGGACAUGUAAGUCGUGUGCCGUGUUCUGCGCCGAGGCGGGGGCGGCCGACGCUGCUCAGGGAUCGGGGAGACGGGGGAUCCCCAACCCGAGGUCCCAGCGCAGAGACCUGCUGGGCAUCCCCCCGUCCCCUAACAACGGGACCCAUGGCAGUCUGAACCACCUUCUGAAGAGGCCGGUCCACCGGCCCGUGCACCCCGCCCAGCUGUCCCACGACGCGCCCUGCGGUGCCCUCUCAGCGCUGCCCAUGGGAGGCCUGGGCUGCAACUGCAGCUCCGUCUCCCCCACGGAGGUGGAAACCCUUAAUGCAAAACUCAUCCAAAUUAGCUCUGACUCUACGGAGGCAGCCCGCCUGCGACAGCGCCACCUCCCGUACGGCACCCCGCGGGUUCUCCAGGAGAACGCACACUUCUGCCUCCUCUACCAGGCGGACUACGUUAACGGCUUCAGCAGAGACGUACUGAUGCCCCUCUGGGUGUCCUACACCCUCCCGCCCCCGACCGGUGCCCAGCCUCCGAGCCCCGUGAACGAGUCCUGUGUGCGUGAAGAUGUACGCGUGCCGCCCAAUGCUAGCCAGACAUGCGAGCGCUACCACGAUGACCCCACCUUGACCUACGGCCUCCUUCACCCCCCCGUGUUGAGUCCUGUCGGAUUACAACCGGAUUCUCUGCUCUCAAGCAACAUGGCGCCAAUGUUUCCUGCAUUUAAAGAGGUCUGGACCUAUAUCCACACCGUCUUGGUGCAGAACUACUCCCAGGAGCUCAACGGUGUCAAUAUCGUCAGUGGGCCUAUAUUCGACAAAAACUACGACGGAAGGUUUGACACGCCCAAGAUUACUGCAGCGAACGAGGCGCCCAUCCCCACACACUUCUUUGUGAUCCUGACCAGCUGCGCCGACGGCGGCCUCAGCCCCGAGCUGUGCGCAGGCCCCCUUCAGGUCCGCUCCUUCGUCCUGCCGCACCGACCCGACCACACAGAGACCUGCGCUAGCGGGCCAGACUACACGUGGGUGGAUGCGUGGAUGCAGCUCCACGUGUCGAGGGUCCGAGACGUGGAGCUGCUGAGCGGCCUGAGCUUCUACCAGGACAGGAUCUCAGUGGAGGAGACACUGCAGCUGAAGACCUUCCUGUACGAUGUGUAGCAUCACCCCCUACGCCAGUACUAGCAAUAAUCAUCAAUCAAUACACAGGGAAGAAAACGGGUUGAUUUACCAAAUGCUGCACAAGACAAUCGUCCACAUAGGGUUAGCACAGGUGAUGUGUGCAUAUAAAUGAAGCCUCACCCCUAUGUUUUAUCUAGGCUGCGGAAUCUUGAAACAGAGCAUCAGAGAACACAUUGUUGAAUCGUUGUUGACAUUUUCUGAACAUUUCUCUGAUCCAGAAUGAAUACAUAAUGGACAAAUAAGUAGAUUCUAUUCAUUCUUUCAAUUAUCAUGUUUUCAUGCUACCCAUGAAACAACGGUCACUUGUCCGCUGUUAAAGUAUUUUUUUGAUUUGUAUUUUUGAUAUUUUUGCUUAUAGAUCAUUAAUGCAGUAUUCAUUAAUUUGUAAUGUUUUUUUAUACGUCGGUUUAGACAUGGUGGUUUAAAUGUGUGUGUGUGUGUGUGUGUGUGUGUGUGUGUGUGUGUGUGUGUGUGUGUGUGUGUGUGUGUUAGUGUGUGUGUAUGUGUGUAUGUGUGUGUGUGUGUGUGUGUGUGUGUGUGUGUGUGUGUGUGUGUGUGCGUGUGCGUGUGCGUGUGUGCGCGCGUGCGCUGGUGUGUGUGAUGUGUUAACGUGCUGGUCCAAAGCAAUCAUGUGUGUGUCAACGAUUGACAAUUGAAACUUGAUUACAAAAGUCAUUUCUCUUGUCUGUCAUGCAAUUUCAUGGUCUGAAAAUUGUGAAAAUAAGCCAUCCUAAGAAAAAUGCAAUUUUAUAAAGCUGUUUUUGUACACUGACCUUUUGGCUUGUAUUCUAUGCUCAUUGUGCAUUUGUAAGGAUUUGUAAAUGGUUUUAGAUACUGGACAUAAAACAUGU